CCUUCAGCCAUGGGGUCGGCCGCGCUGGAGAUCCUCGGCCUGGUGCUGUGCCUGGUGGGCUGGGUGGGCCUGAUCCUGGCGUGCGGGCUUCCCAUGUGGCAGGUGACUGCCUUCCUGGACCACAACAUCGUGACGGCGCAGACCACCUGGAAGGGGCUGUGGAUGUCGUGCGUGGUGCAGAGCACCGGGCACAUGCAAUGCAAGGUGUACGAUUCGGUGCUGGCGCUGAGCACCGAGGUGCAGGCGGCGCGGGCGCUCACCGUGGGCGCCGUGUUGCUGGCGCUCGUCGCGCUUUUCGUGACCCUGGCGGGCGCGCAGUGCACUACCUGCGUGGCCCCAGGCCCGGCCAAAGCGCGCGUGGCCCUCACAGGCGGCGCCCUCUACGCGCUCUGCGGGCUGCUGGCGCUGGUUCCGCUCUGCUGGUUCGCCAAUAUCGUGGUCCGUGAGUUCUACGACCCGACCGUGCCCAUGUCGCAGAAGUACGAACUGGGCGCGGCGCUGUACAUUGGCUGGGCCGCUUCGGCGCUGCUCAUGUGCGGCGGCGGCCUCGUGUGCUGCGGCGCCUGGGUCUGCGCUGGCCGCCCCGACUUCAGCUUCCCGGUCAAGUACUCCGCUCCGCGGCGGCCCACGGCCAGCGGCGACUAUGACAAGAAGAACUACGUCUGA